AUGGGGAAACCUGCUGGAAGUAGGAGCCUGGGGCAGCUGGGAAACCCCGGCCUCUUCCUCCGAGCUCUCUUCCUCCUCCUCCUCUUCUGCAGGCAUGUCUCUCCCCAGUGCAAGAUCCUGCGCUGCAACUCAGAGUACUACGUGGCCUCCAGCUCCCAGGCGCGGGGCGCGCGGGGCGCGCGGUGCCAGGCCCUGCGCUCCUACUCGCUCUGCACCCGCCGCACCGCGCGCACCUGCCGCGGGGACCUCGCCUUCCACUCGGCCGUGCAUGGCAUCGAGGACCUGAUGAUCCAGCACAACUGCUCCAAGGAAGGUCCCACCUCCCCACCGAGGCCCCGGCCACCCAACCCCGACCACCAAAGCUUCCGGGCCCUCCAGAUGUGUGACUAUGAGAAGAGCUUUGCCUACAAGCACGGGCAGCUCCCCCGGUACCAGCACUGCGCCGCCUUCGGGGACCCCCACAUCAGGACCUUCCACGAUGAGUUCCACACCUGCAGGGUGGAGGGAUCCUGGCCUCUCCUGGACAAUGACUACUUGUUUGUCCAAGCCACCAGCUCGCCCGUGGCCAAGGGCUCCAACGCCACGGUCACCAGGAAGCUCACCAUCAUCUUCAAGAACAUGAAGGAAUGCAUCGACCAGAAGGUCUACCAAGCAGAACUGGACAACCUCCCUUCAGCCUUCCAAGACGGGUCCGUCAACGGUGGGGAACGUCCAGGUGGGAGCAGCUUGACCAUCCUGGAACACGUUCCUGGGCAGCACGUGGAGAUCCGGGCCGGGUACAUCGGCACCACCAUCGCCGUGCGCCAGGCGGGGCCGCAACUCUCCUUCUCCAUCCGGGCAGCUGAGGAGGUGGCCAAAGCCUUCACGGAGGAGCAGGACCUGCAGCUCUGCGUGGGGGGAUGUCCCCACAGCCAACGCCUGCCCCGCAGCCCCGGUUGCAGGGGGAACCUGGAGGCUGAGGUGGCCCGAGCCCUCUGCAAGGACCUGCUGCCCGUCGAGGACGUUUAUUUCCACUCGUGCGUCUUCGACGUGGUCACCUCGGGAGAUGCCAACUUCACCCUGGCAGCUCACGGGGCUCUGGAGGAUGCCAGGGUCUUCCUUCCCGAUCUGGAGAGACUCCACAUCUUCCAGGCUGGGGCAGGUGGCUCCUGUGUGUCUUCAUCUUUCCUCCUCUUCUUCCUCCUCGCCGGUUUUUGGGCUGUUUUGUAG